AUGGAAUUUUAUAUCCAACGUCUGUACUUGAUAUUCCUCUUAACCGGGCAAGCGUUUAUACUUACAAUGCUAAUCUCGACUCACGGAGAGGAGACGAAUUUUAAAACGGUUGAUUUGAACCAGUUACCACCAGAUGAACCACCAACCUCGCCCUUCUGCUCCUUAACACCGGAUGAACAUCCGUUGUCGUUUCAACUCCGUUCCUUACCACCGACUCCGCCCUUGGAUGCUUCCGUCGAAGAUGCUCUGAUACAGCGUUACCUGGGACUACACUCGGCAAGCUCGGCACCGAAGUCCUUUCUAACAAAUCACCGUCCAACUGGUCCCUACAAGCGCAAGAGUCUUGAUACCAACGUCGAACAGCCAAAGUCGAACCUAAUUGAUUCUGAGCAGAAAAGGAAAAAGUCUCUUUUAAGAUACCAACAAACCUGGCCAGCCGAGAAUGAAAGUGCAUCGUCAGGUGAUACCGCCGAUGCCAUCCGAUUGAGACAAUUAGAAAAACAACCGAUUGAAAGCUUCAAAAACGCACCAACUGAUCAAUAUGAAAAAGGCCUCCAGCUUGAAGAAAGUGAAAGAAAAAUUGUACUUUUCAAUGUCAAAUACUGGAGUUUUCUCAUACAUAAGUCCAACACGGAAAUUGCUAAGGAUCAACAGAACACCUCCGAGCAAUUUGUCCCUGAGAGCCUUUUUGAAUUUUUGAAUGAACUAAAAACCGAAAUCAUCGUAAAAAAGGGAGGGAAACGGCCUGCGAAUCCUCCUGGCAACCCCGACAAACACUUGUGGAUUUCAAAAGAACAUGCAACAGAUUUUCUUAAAACGUACAGAGGCAGAAGAGACAUGAUGCCCUAUCCCUUAACCUUCACAUCUCCUGAGAGAUGUUUACAAACCUAUAAUAUGAUCUUAAUGCUUGCAGACGAAAAACUUCGACUUGAAGACUACCCUGUCUUCUCCGAAGGAAUUGUAGCCUGGAUUAACCUCAAACUUACACGAAAAUUAGCUAAUAUCCCUGGAAAAGUGACAAAGCGAAAAAAGCAAAUCACGGCCAGGGUUGGCAUUGUGGAAAAACUCACCAAAUGCAUCACCUUCUUCAACAUAAUUUAUCUCUCUCUACUGAAUGAACAUCAAAAUGGACAAUUGACAAGAGGUUACGUUGACGACUUCUUGAGUUUCCUCAGGACUCUCUGGCAUAAUAUCGAAAGGGGUGAAGAGGAUCAACUAUUUCGCGAAACCACUUUUGCUUGGAAGUUGCAUGAUAUGCUCAACUUUGGAAAAUACUGGGGACCUACAAAGAGUUCAACAAAUGCCAUGGGGAUAGCCUGGGACGUUCUUCAAUACUGGGCAAACCAAAAAGGCAUUUUUUUCCCAAAGAGCCCUAACAACCUCUCUGAGCUAGUGAACAAGAUAAUUGUUUAUUCAAACUACAGAACUAUUAACGAUAAAAUCAGAUUGAUAAAUUGGCAAUUACAUUAUACAAAUUGA